CUUAAUCGAAACAAAGAUAAUUUAUAAACUUACGCCAAUCACAUAGAGCAAUACGUUUAAAGUGGGGAUCUCUAAAAAGCCGACCCGCACAAGUGAGAAGCUGAUAUUCAAGAAGUUAACAGAAGAGACGAAACAUGAGUAAAUAUACACUCGGAAAGCUGAUCAUGGAAGGAAAAACCAAAAAGGUCUUUGAAAUUUCAAAUGAUCCUACCCUAUGUCUUUUAAAAAGUAAAGAUUGUAUUACUGCUGGAGAUGGUGUAAAAGCACAUGAUUUGAAGGGUAAAGCUGCAAUUAGUACAGAUACAACAGCCAAGGUCUUCAAGUUAUUAAAUGCAGCUGGAAUAAAAACUGCAUUUGUUCUAGUAGCAAGUGAAACCACUUUUAUUGCACAUAAAUGUCAAAUGCUUCCCAUAGAAUGGGUUACUAGAAGAUUGGCAACUGGUAGUUUUUUGAAAAGGCAUACAGGAGUUUCUGAAGGAUACAGAUUUAAUCCACCAUUGCAAGAAACAUUCUUUAAAGAUGAUAGCAAUCAUGAUCCUCAAUGGUCAGAAGAAGAAGUUAUUUCUGCUGGUUUUAAGUUAAAUGGUCUUGUAAUAGGAAAGGAUGAAUAUGACAUUAUGCAACGUACUGCGCUUGCUGUAUUUGAAAUUCUAGAAAGAGCAUGGCUAACUAGACAGUGUGCUCUUAUAGAUAUGAAAAUAGAAUUUGGUAUAAAUGUAAACGGUGAAAUUAUGGUAGCAGAUAUAAUUGACAGUGAUUCUUGGAGACUUUGGCCAUCUGGUGAUAAAAGACUGAUGAAAGAUAAACAAGUGUAUAGAAAUUUAGCUACUGUAACUGAGGAAGAUUUAAAUACUGUAAAACACAAUUUUGAAUGGAUAGCAGAUCAACUGAACUAUCUUAUUCCACCACCUAGCAGCCUUGUUGUUAUCCUAAUGGGAUCACCUUCUGAUCAUGAGCACUGUACACAAAUAGCAAAAUAUGCAAAGCAGUUGUAUUUAGAAGUUAAAAUUCGGGUAUGCAGUGCGCACAAGGGUACCCAAGAAGUAUUACGUAUUCUUGCAGAGUAUGAAGGUAGUUUUAAAAAGGUGGUGCUAAUAGCUGUAGCAGGGAGAAGUAACGGUUUGGGUCCAGUACUCUCUGGAAACACGUCUUUGCCUGUUAUUAAUUGCCCGCCUCUCAAACCAGAAAACAUUGCACAAGAUCUGUGGUCGUCUGUUAAUGUUCCUUCAGGAAUCGGAUGUACCACAGUCGUUUAUCCUGAAAGCGCAGCACUUGCAGCCGCUCAAAUUCAUGCGUUGCACGAUCAUGUCGUUUGGGCACAUCUGCGAGUAAAGCAGUUAAUGAAUUUUAUUGCUUUAAAACAAGCAGAUUGUAAACUAAGGAAUCUUGAAAUAUAAAAUUUUCAAAUGCUGAUACGGAUUAAGAAAUAAUACAUGGCGAAUACCUUUCGACACCUAAUCGCAAAUGACGAAUGAAUUUUCUUUUUUCUUUUACUGAUAUCAUUUGUAGUGGAAUAGAUGUAUAAAUUUUUUAUUUUCGUAUUCAAAUAUUGAAUUAACUAAUGAAUUUAAUAUCGUACAUAAAUGUUCAUGUUAGCUCUUUUUGUGUAUGUCGUGUUAUUGUUUCUUCUAGUUAUUCUCUAUUGGUUACAAGUAUAUAACAUUCAUAUAUUUCCAUUUAAACAAAUCUUUGAGUAGGGCAAGAAUGUCACAAUUUUGCAUACUAUUUUUCUAUUCUAAAAUAAAAGGAAAUAAACAAUGUAUAUAAACUAAAACAUUAUAAAACUGAACACUUACUAUAUAACAACUGUUAUCAUAAAUUUUGACUUGCUAAGGCUUCUAUUUCAUUAAUCUCUUUUGGACAUGUUUCUGUUAAGAUUACUGGACCAUUUUCCGUUAUUAAAAUAUCAUCCUCAAUGCGUACACCUAAACCAUAAAACUCUGGUGGAGCAAAUUUAUUUUUGUGAUUAAUAUAUAUACCUGUAAAUGAUAAAAAAUGAACAUUUAUAAUAAUAAUAAUAAUAAUAAU